GCGUCACAAGUAAAGCAAGUUUACUCACUUCUGUCUUCAUUUUCUCGUCUUAAGAAGACACUUUCCUCUCAGAAAAAUUGGGUACCAAAACACAACACUUGUUUAGGCGGAGUUAUCAUAAAUCAUGUUGGUGGAGCUGAUUUGUUUCCUUUUCGUUAUAAUAGUACUUAAGUACUUCUUUUACGAUGACGAUGUUAUCGAUAUUGGUACCUCCGAUUUCAACGCUCUUUUUACUGUUGCCCAAAGACUUGAGAAGCUUUAUGGUGGUAAAGCUCAUGUUGGGCUUCAAAUCCCUGACCAAGACUCAGGUUCUCGACAGAGUAUUGAUAUAGUUCUCGUCACUAAACGGGAAGCAGUGGUAGUUUGUGUUAAGAAUAUAUCAGGGUUUGUAUCUGUUGAUAAGGAUGGGAGAUGGGUUUGUACUGGAGGCCAUAAGACGGAGCGUCUUCCAGAUCCUGUAGCAGAAGCAAAACAAUUAGUUCCUAUUCUUGAAUCCUACCUUGAACAAAGGGGCGUCACUCUUCCCGAAGGAUAUUUGUCUUGCAAAGUCAUAUGCUCAAACCCCGAUUUCCGUACCAUUGUCUCAGACUCUUUUCCCCCAGAGGUCAUAACAUAUGACCAGUGGAUACAACUAAAACCAGAAUCAAGCAUGCUUUCUGGUUGGAUUAAAGGAGCAUUUCAUGGUGGGAAGAAGGAAAUGCAGGAAUCAAUACAUGAGAAGCUUAAUCUUGUACUCAGCACAGCUCCAAUGUGGGACAGGUUAGAGCUCAAAGGUAAUAAAUUUGUCCUUGGAGAGUUUCUGGAGUUCAAAGGGGACCGAGAAGAUGUUCAGGCAUUGGGAGAAAUCAGAAGAUCAAAAGUUAGUAGAGUGACAAUCCAGAAAACAAGCAUGCUUGGUGUGGCUAAGUCCAAGCUCCAAGUUCUCUAUUGUCCUCGAGAUUAUCGUGGUGAAGGGGCUUCAGCUUCUGACUGGAAAGAAGUCACUGUCCAUUCCAGGACGGAGGUUAAAAUUCAGCCUAAAGGUUCAACCAAAGUACGCAAAUACAAGUUAUCGUCAAUUGUUUCCAUGACAUUGAGUGCCUGACGUGUCGGCGUGAAGUACCAUAUAGGCGUUUGAUAGUUGAGAUGGAAAUGGUUUAAUAAAAAUGUUAAAACUAGGCUGAACCUCGUUUUUCCUUUAGAAGUUCUAAGUUGAUGCAUGUACCUAUUUCGUUGCGUAUAUCCCAUCAUGAGCAGCAAUUCCGGAUCAGUGUAAUGCAGAAAGGUUCCCUCAGCUAUUUCCCUUGAUUAAACAUUGCUGACACAGAGCAUGGUAGGGAUUCCGCAAUUUGUCGAAAGUAUAAUUCCUUCUCCCACAAAUUGAAUGACCCAUAAGGUUUUACCAUGUAUACACUGAAAGUGCAAAAUAUUUUUACAGUAUUGUCAUGUUAUAAUAGGUAGUUUACUUAUUUUUCGAACAACAUUGGAUGGAUGGUUAUAAAUUGCUGAUUGCUUGUCCCAA